UUUUUGAACUUCCGGAUAUCACCUUGUGGGUCUUACCAGCAUCAGUAAAUAUUGGACCUGCAAAUGUAUCAUCUGAAGAUGCAUUGGAGUUAAAGAUGUCAAGGAUCUGACAGUCGUUGUUGAAAUAUUUACAGCAAAGUACAAAAAAGGACUAUGCCAAGAGGAAAAGCAGGAACAAGUGCAGCGGCCAAGAAGCCAAGGGCUCCUAAAGGCCCAAAACUUCCUGCACCAUUUGCUUGUGGAACUAUUCUUCAAGAUCUAAAAAAGAAGCAAUGGAAGCUUGGAAAUGAAGUUGGCAAGGGAGGCUUUGGCCUAAUUUAUCUUGCAUCUGAAGAUGCAAACUCUCCAGUUCCUUCAACAGCUGAGCAUGUGAUAAAAAUAGAGCCACUGUCCAAUGGACCUUUGUUCUGUGAACUCCAUUUCUAUCAGCGUGUAUCUAAACCAGAUAUGAUUGAUGACUGGGUUAAAAACAAAAAGAUGAAAUACCUGGGAGUUCCAAAAUAUAUAGCCCAUGGCACUCAUCAGAGGGAUAAAGAGAACUUCCGAUUCAUGGUCAUGCCCCGCUUUGGAUCAGACUUGCAGAAAAUAUUUGAAGGUUGUGGAAAACAUUUUGCAAAGGAAACUGUACUGGCUUUAGGAUUAAGAAUGAUUGAUGCUUUGGAGUACCUUCAUGAGAAUGGUUAUGUCCAUGCUGAUAUCAAAGCCUCAAAUAUACUUCUAGGCUUCAGCAAUCAACAACAACUACAGGAUCAGGUAUUUUUGGUUGAUUAUGGAUUAGCCCUGAAAUACAGUCCAGACGGAUCUCACAAACAGUACAAAGAGGACCCCAGGAAAGCUCACGACGGCACCAUCGAGUUUACAAGUACUGAUGCCCACAAAGGAGUUGCUCCUUCACGAAGAGGAGACAUGGAGAUCCUGGCAUUUUGUAUGCUGCAGUGGCUGUGUGGAAAAUUGCCAUGGGAAGAUAAACUACUGGACAAAGAUUAUGUGGCAAACUCUAAACUCAAGUAUAUGAAAAACAUUCCUUCCCUGAUGAAAGCUUGUUUUCCAAAUGGGGAAUCACAAGAUGAAAUUUCAACAUUUCUUACCAUGGUAUCAAAAUUGGGCUAUGAUGAGAAGCCAAAUUAUACAAAAUACAAGGAAGUGUUUAAAGGUGGACUGAAGAAGUUAGGUGUGAAAGAUGAAUGGAAACUCAGCCUACCGAUAUCAGGGCCAGCAAACAAAAGGGGACUCAAAAGGAAGAGUGAAGGAGGUGCUGAAUGUUCUACUCCAAAGAAAACAGCUGUGGAAAAAGUCAGAGGGACACCAAAAGCAGCUGCUGCCUCUGGUUCUCGUCAGGGUACACCAAAACUAGCUGCUAAGCGCAGGCAAGGCACCCCACAGGGAGGGAAGGGUAGAGGCACCCCUAAGGUUCCAGCGUCAGUGCAAUCUCCAGUAAACGGGAAGGCUGUAAAAAGUCCACAAAAACCCAAAAGUCCAACAAAAGUCAAAACUGUCAAAAGUCCAGUGAAAUCUCCAGCUAAAGGCACUAGAUUAUCAAAACCAUCUACUACUCGCCGCAAAGUUAAAAGAAGUAAGGCUCCCAAAGUUGAUGCUUGUGUUCAGACCUCCCCCUGCUGAGUUUAAACAUAGUGAGAGAUAGAGAGUUACUCAUACAUGUAGGAUAGUCAUUCAUGUGUUCACAAGAAAACAGGCCCCCAACAGAAACUGUUUUUAUUUUUUGAUACAUGUAUGUGUACCAUUUUACUUGAACUGUCGAGGAACGCGUUACCAUUCUUGUUACAAAACAUAUACUUUAUAUGAUAAGAUAUUUUCUUGGUAUUAAUACAAUGACAUGGCUGUAUGGUAACAGAAACUUAGUCACAGAAUGGUUAUUAAAAAAUCCUGAUAAGGAUAAUUUGCAUGUAUUGUGUACAUGUUCUUAUUGAAUUACUUUUCAUCAAUAUCUGUAGAUUUUCUUUAAAACUUAUGAUGAUUUUUUCAAAGGUUGUCAAAAUGUUUUAGAUAAAAAUAAAUUUUUUAAACAAUUAAAUACGUGUACGUUG